UGCCUGGGACAGGGGCUCGCAGCCUGGCCGUGCAUAUCCAGCGCUCCCGGAUCCCGAAUUCUCCAAAAUCCUCCUCGCCGGUGCCCGGAGAGCAGCUGGAGUGCAGGAUGGAGCAGAGAGCCUAAAAAACUUCAUUCUGCAGGGGGACCUCUAGUGUUUUCCUUUCUCCAUGUCCUGGCAGAGUUCCUCCAAAGUACAAAUACACACAGAGCUCCCAUUGUUUGCAGCCCUUCACAAGCCCACUGAUCCUAAUAUGGAAUUCAGCAGGAAACCCAUGAUUUCCUGACACACAGCAAGCUGGAGAAAGAAAGGAAAAACUCCAUUAAAAACCUCCAGACUCUCCUCCAUGUUAGAAAUGAAAUGGAAAAUGGAGUGGAUUUAACAGGAAUCCCUGAUUCCUGCGGCCAGGCUGGAGGAAGGGAGACGCGGAUCGAAGGCUGCUGAUAUUUCUGAAGUCGCAAUAAAGACUGAGAACAGCUGGGCAGGAUGAGGAUUUCCUGACUGGGACAAACGAAAAAGGACAGAGCACUCAUUUUUUUAUUUUUUUUUAUGUAAUUCCUCGCUGUGUGUUUAAUUUAUUCACCUCGAUGAUCCUCUUGACUGAUCUGGUAACUGUUAGAAGCGGCUGUGACAGCCUGGAAACAUUAGUAUGAUUUCCUGAGUUUGAGAUUUGCUGCUCUCCCCCCACCCCCCCACCCCCCUCCUUCUCCAAACUCAGGAAAAGUCAAUACAAUCGCACUUCAUUUUUCCUUCAUGUGCACUUGGAAGUCCUGGGAGCAGCAAGAGCAGCGGCAGCAGCAAGAAUGAACUGCAAGGAGGAAAAUGACAACUGCACUGACGGGAGCAGGAGCAACACCAAGAAGAUGCUGAAAUGUGUGGUGGUUGGGGAUGGUGCAGUCGGGAAAACCUGUUUGCUGAUGAGCUAUGCCAAUGAUGCCUUCCCAGAGGAGUAUGUGCCCACUGUGUUUGACCACUAUGCAGUAACCGUGACUGUGGGAGGACAACAACACUUGCUGGGGCUUUAUGACACUGCAGGGCAGGAGGACUACAACCAGCUGAGACCCCUGUCCUACCCCAACACAGACGUGUUCCUGAUCUGCUUCUCAGUGGUGAAUCCUGCCUCCUACCACAACGUGCAGGAGGAGUGGGUGCCCGAGCUGAAGGUCUGCAUGCCCAACGUGCCUUACGUCCUCAUAGGAACACAGAUUGACCUCCGGGAUGAUCCCAAGACUUUGGCGCGGCUGCUUUACAUGAAGGAGAAACCACUCACCUAUGAGCACGGAGUGAAGCUGGCAAAGGAGAUUGGAGCCCAGUGCUAUCUGGAGUGCUCAGCCCUCACGCAGAAAGGCCUUAAGACUGUCUUUGAUGAGGCAAUCAUGACCAUUUUCCACCCCAAGAAGAAGAAGAAGCGCUGUGCAAAGUGCCACAGAUGCUGCACCCUUGUGUGACGUGCCCUGGGAAGCAGAGCCAGCUGAUUUCAGUGAAACCAAGCAGGUUAGAAAGGAAAUGAAGGUCACUUGCAACUGAAACAGGGAACAAGACCAGAAUAGGGUCCUUCUAACCCAAAUAUAGGAGCUCUCCGUUCUGCGAAACCUCCAAGCUGUAUCACCCUUGGCCAACUCCUGUCUCUGUGCUUUCCUAACCCUCCAGAGCUGUUUUGCAGCUUGUUCCCACUGCUGCAGACUGCACCAACAGAAACCAGGAGUCCUGCCUGGCUCCCCACCUUAGGAAUAAGGUGAAGGUGGCUUGUGACAAAGCAAAGAGCUCAAGACAGCAAAAGAAGCAGGAGAAACUCCUUUUGUGGCCUUAAGCAAGAAUUGAUCAAAAUUAGGAAUUUGCAGUCCUUAGUAAUUGAAUCUGAAUUGACUGAAAGCACAUGGAGAUCUAUAGAAAUAUGAUAUGUAAGACAUACACUAUAGGUAGGAUGUACUUUAAAACUGCUUCUCUUUUAUAAGACUUGCUAGUUCAGGAGAUACUUUAGUUUCUUCAAACCACAUGGAAGCAAAGGUGGAGUGAUUCCAGUUUGUUCUCACUUAAUGGUGAAACUUCACAGCACCAGGAUGUUGCUGCACCCAAGCUAACAAAAUGGAUCAACAUUUACCUCCAGACUUAAGGAAUGUUCUUUCAACUAAAAAAAAAUGCAAAUAACUGUAUUUUUACAGAGGAAUGUUCAGGCUGAGCCAUGUUUCCGUAAGCUGGGAAAGGAAGUACAGAGUUGUAGCAUUAAUGUACUGAAACAAAGAAAAUCUGCCACCAAAGAAUAUCACCCUAGACAAGAAAUAGCAGCAUGGAACAAUCUCUCUUCCAACUGAGAACAAGAACGAGACACAUUGCCAUGGAAACUGAGAAUUUACCUUACAGAUCAGCUGGAUUUCUACAUCUCACCCAACAGCCAAGUAUAGAAAAAAAAAAAAUUAAAUAAAGCCAAAGGUCAUACUGAUUUUAAGUGCUUUGAGGUGAUCCAAUUGCCUUAAAAUUAUCCUUUUUUUAUGAAGUAUUUCUGUAAAAAAACCUCAUCAAAAUUGAGCUGAGAACUUGUUGACUUCUUUUAGUUUCCCUCCUCCCAUUCAUUUCUUCUCUCUCUGCUGCCAUUUUUCCAUCUUCACAGAGAGUGCUGCUCCAGCAGCAGCGUGGCUGCACUCCUCAGGAGCGGACUUUUCCACGAGCAGCAGAUGAUGGCUGCAGCAGCAGCACAGAGAUGGGAAGUCCAGCCCACAGGGGAAGGGGAACUCCUGUGAUCUCCCCUUGCUGCUGGGGAAAUUGUGCCUUUUCACUAAAGCCUCUCCCGGGAUCCUGCAGCUUUGCACAUCACAGCGACACCGGCACUCAGAGGUGAACUCAAAGGGCCUCUUGUUACUGCUCUGCCUCUGGGUACCCUGGCAGUGCCACCAGACUGUCUUGUCAUGGAUUUCAUUCCCCAAGGAGGAAAUCACAGCACUGACACACACACAUUUGAAGAUGUAACUCCUUCAAAAGCUGUGUCUGUAGCCAGCGUGGCCAGAAGUGCCAGGAGGGAGCAAGCGACAGCAGCGCAUCCUCCCAGGCCGGGGCACAGGCCCUGCUCCCCUCUGCACCAUUCCAGGAGGCUGGCAGCCCUCUCUUCUUGGGAAGCACAGUGUCCUGACUGAGAACACACCAGACAGACCAUGAACUCCAGCCCUGGUGCUGCCCAGAGCGAUGAGUGACUGCAGCAGGACCACAGGAAGGGCACCCAGGGCACAUGGAAGGGACCGGGCCUGGUGCAGUGCCCAGCCCUGCAUCAGGGCCAGGCUUAUGGAUCUGAGCCCCCCUCCAGCACACAUUCCUUUUCAUACAAUUGUAGAAUGGUUUGGGCUGCAAGGGACCUCAGAGAUCAUCUAAUUCCAGCCCCCAUUUUACCAUGGACAGCUACAGAAACCAGCUCUGACACCCCAAAACAUUUCUGGGUAGAAGUCAAGAGUUCUCUCUGACAAAAGCCAUCAGACUCGAUGCAAAUGCUUUGCUCUUUUUUCACCCAGUGGCUUCCCCUCACCGUCCCUUUCCCCUUGCUCACAAACAUGGAUGAAAACACAGCUGUGCCAUCCCUGAGACAAACAAGUUCUCCUCAUUGCUGAUGACUUUUUGUGCAUAUUUUCUGUUUUAUUAUGUCCCAGGAAUUUAGGUUAGAUGGCCUGGCUGAGGGUGAGGCACAGGGGUCCAUGCCAUGCCACAGAGUUUGCGUUCAUCCCCAGGAACAGCAGUGAAUGUUCACCUCAACAGGACACUAGCAGCUGAACCAUAAAGUGUAAAAAUAUAUUAGAGGAGUAUGAGGAGAAUGAAGCAUGGAUUAAAUAAAUUAGUAUUCAGGCUUACAACAUGACUGGAAGCCCACUGAAACUACAACCAAAAAAAAAAGCCUUUAACAGAUUUCAGGGAAAUUAUAUCUGCACUGUGCUGCCUUUUAUUUCAGUGAAAGUUAAUUAGGAUUAUUGUUUUAGCUCAUGUUGGUUGCUGGAGAGUGAUGUAUGAGUCUCUGGUGGAAGAAGGUGAAGUCUGGUUUAGCUGAAACACGAUGCAAAUGCUCAGGUUGGAGUUGCCUGGUUUUCUUAGACCUUAAAAAUGUGGAAAUAGAGGAAAUAGAAAAUCCAGAGUGACAGCUGAGCUCAUCCUAACGUAACGAGCACACUGGAAAAGUGAAAUGGAGCACCCUGGCAUGCAUCAGGGAAAGCCACAAACAAUCAAAUUGGGUUUUUGAGUGCCACUGAGUACCGAGGGUGAUUGUUAAUCUUAAUGGAACGGCAUAGGUUGGCAGUAAAAUCAAAAAUCAAGUGGGAAGUUGUAGCAUUAAUGUAACUGCAGUGGUUUGAGGGAAAUUAACUACAAAACAUAUGGUGAUGGAGAAGCUAAAAUGCUAAAAUAUCCUAAUGUGUUAAACUACAACAUCCUAAACAAAUCCUUGCAUAGAGGAAGCAGAUAGAAAAAUCUUAAUAUACGUACAAAAAAUGUUAAGGCUAAGCAGGGGUUUCUUUGCACUUACAAAAUGGAGCAUGUCAAGCUUGUGAGGCAGAAAAAUGUCAAGUUUUUCAAACUAAUUUUGACCAAAAUUUGAAUUCUGGGAGCUGCAAGAGAGGGAGAGUGGUCACAAUCCACUGAGAAAUGGCCUCUGCACUCCAUUUACUUUAAUUUUUUUCAGCAAAAAUAAAUGCUUUUUGAAAAGCCAUGUUUAAUGCAGGUCCCAUAAACAUUACUCCUGAAUUAGGUUUUGUACAUAGACCUGUCUAUGAAAUGUGGAAAUUUCUCAAGGAUCUGCCCUCUUACACUACUUUUUGGGGAGGCAGAGCCAGCACGGCCAAGAGGCUUUAGAAAGGGAUUGUAGGCAGAUGUAAGGAGAGUCAUUGACUAUCUGGCAAGUCAUACUUAAUGCCUUUUUUAAAAGCAACAGAUGGUGUGUGAACAGGCAGCAAAGCUUAUUUUCAGAAAAAACCACAACACCAGACAUAGUGCAAGUGCAGGCAUAAGGCCACAGAUAUAAACUUCAAGUUAUUUUCGAGCACCAUUAGUAAUAAGGAAAGAAAAUCGAUAAAGGACUGCCAGGUGAAAGGAGAUGGGUUUACUCACUGUGAGAUGAGCUAGAAAUCAGAUCCCAAUUUCACCUUAAAAGGAACACUGUUAAGGAGAGUCAUAAAGGUUAGAAAGCAUCCCUGGAACUUAUUUGACAACGUCCCCCUUAAUGCAGCUGAUGUCAAAGCCUUUCCUGACAGACCUGCCUUUGCUAAUAGUCUGCUGUCAUUUCAAAAGCACUCACAACUUAUGGGAAACUUGCUGGAUCCUGUAAAACCCAUCUCCUUUGGCCUCUUCUGAAACCUUCCUGUUCUACCAAGAGUUCUUAACCUGAAGCUGCAGUUCCAAACAGAGUUCCCAAAGUAAUUUCAUUCAAACCCCGGCAAGGAGAUAUGAGAGGUACUUGAGAGUGAUCUCAAUUCAUCAGAGUUGCUGUCACAUCAUCUACAGAUGUCUGUGCCUUUCAGUGCCCUGUGAAAACACCAGGACAGUGGAACUGGGACAGUCCUGCCACUUCCAGCAUGACUUGAAGGAGGCCCCACAAAAACUCACAGUUUUUGCCUCUCAGAACUCUGAAAAGUUGGGGAGAAGGCAGAAGCAAGGCUCUAACCCCACUCAGGUCCGUUCUCAUUUGUUCAACUGGAUUUACACCCUGUGUACAUAUAGAAUUCACCCCAAGUCCCAUAUGACAAUCAAAACAAUCAUUUCAGCAGCUGACGUUGACAUUUCUCACCUUUUUUCUGUUUUAUAGCACUCAAAGCAUUCAAAAUAGACACAGAAUUAAAUAUAGCACUGUAUCCUAAUAUGAAAUAAGGUUAUUCCAAAUACUUUGAUUAAAGGGACAGAUUUUGGCAGUCUUCCUCAUGCUGAAGAGAAUCUCAGUUUACAAGGAACUGUCUCCAAGUUGUUCAUGUCUCAUUCAGUCCCACUGACACUGCUCAAGUCAUGAGGGAGGCUGAUUGGAGAUCAAUCCUUGUAGUUUAAUUAGCAGAGAACCUCUUCCAGCAGCUCUAGUGUUGGUGGCCUGUGUUCUUUUGAAUACCUUCAUGAAUGGUGACUCAAUCAAUUCCCUGGGCAGCCUGUCUCUCCCUUUAAUUCAUAUAUGAAAGAUGCCCAUCUGCUUUAUACCGUGCUUAGCGCCCAUGACCUUUCCCUGUUCCUUUUUUCACCAAGUGACACAGCAAAUACCUCAUGACUCACCACACAGAAACCUCAUCUGGAUUAAAAAUAAUUUGCAGUGGCAUCAAUCUGUCUCAGGCCAGGAUUGUUUAAAAGCACAUUUGUUUUUUCCAACAAAGUAAUCCAUAUGCUCACGUUGGCCCAGGAACCAUUUGUUAAGCAAAGAGGUAGAAUGUAGGAAUCUGGCUGCACGUGCCUUUCUCCAUGUAUUUUCUUUUUCCCUGAGGAGGACUUGUAAUGUUGUUUUAUCCUACAUUAAAAAAGGAAAGUCUGGAAAUAACAGAACAUUUUGUUGGUUCACAACUCUAUAGGACUGGAGGAGCAUCUGCUGUGACAGGAGGUGAGCAUGGAGUGACCUACGUCAGAUAACUUCUAGACACAUUUGAGCUCUUUGCAAAAAUGAAGACAAAUUUCCACUAUGAAUGUUUAUUUUCCUCUUCAUGAAUAAAGACCAUCUGAAAGCAGGAAAAAGCCUCCCACUGAUUUUGGUAGUGGCUUGUGAUCUCAGCUGUCUUCACCUAUCAAAACAAAACAGGAAUAGAAAUAUUUUUGCAUCCAAAAGUCAGGACAAAAUCACCAAUUAGAAGUCAUGAAUGCAACAGAAUCACUUCUGCUUCAGGGGGAAGCUGCAAAAUUAGGGCCCAGAGCCACAAUUAAUCAGUUUGAGCCUAAACCUUAAAUUUAAUUUUAAGAUGUUAAGGGGACACCCAUAACUAGAACAACAGCAAAAAAUCUUCAAAUUCUGUUUUCUUUGUUUCGGUUAAAGCUGUCAGAAACAUGGGAACAAAAAUCUAUUCUCUUGGGAGGAACCACACCCUAACAGCAAAAAGAGUCAGGAGUUCAUUGUAAGAGGAAAAGUAGUUCAGAAACCCAGAGCAACAAGCAAAAAAACAUGUGAACUGCUGUCAGUGGUGAAAAAUCUCUUUAACUUUGAAAAUAUGGAUCCCCAUCCCUUUCCACAUUGUACAGACCACAAUGCAAUGUUUGGCUGCUCCCAACUAUAAUGGUAGGGUGGGAUUUUCAAAGAUGCUCUGUGGUGGCUUCAUUUCAGUUCUCAUGAAGGCAAUGGAAAAUUUCAGUGGGGUCCACACAUGACUAAUGUGGAAAAUGUUUGAGAGUCUUUAUAUUUCCUCCUUUCCUGACCUUUUAUUUUGGCUGACCAAGCUUUGAGCACACAGAUACACUGAGCCAGGUCUAAGAAUCUUUUAUACCUUCAGGCUGCUGGUUAAGGACUCCUGAAAGGAGUUGGGGCAUCCAAAGACUUUGCUGGUCUCACCUUUGGAGGCUGGAUCUGAAACACCUCAUUUCAACCACAACUGAGCUGAGGAUGAAAGUGGUUACAUUAACAGAGUAAUAUUCAAGACAUACAGUUAUCUUUGCUUGAAGACCCUGAACUCAUUGCUGUCACUUAAUUUCAUCUCAUCCCAUUCAGGACACAAGGUUUGAUAUGGUUUUGGUGAAGGUCAGUUUGAGCUCUCACUGAUACCAACUCUAGUGAAUUUUGAUUUUGAUUGGAUUUAAUGAAUUCAGAGUAAACAGUUGUCACAAGUCUACAGCUUCCAGAUCUUCCAACACAACAUUUGUUUGUAAUGAUAACAUGUAGAAAAAUUUGUCUGAUGUCUGUCAAAGUAGAUUGUGGGUAAAUCCUAUCCAGAGUGUGGCUAUCAUGUUGUCUCUCUCAGUACUUUUCCCCUGAAUAGGCAGCUGCUCUAACUGCAUCACAGACCUGGCAAGCACUGAACUGCCCUGUCAGCAUGGAGCAAAUGAGCCCAAAUUCUCCCCACACUUGUAAAUGUUAGUUCACUAAUAAGCAAUAACAAAAAGUUAUGUGAGAGAGGAAAGACACUGGCAAAGUCUUCCUCACUCAUGAGCAGAAGUGACCCAAGCCCUGGGUGCCAGGUGGGAAAUGCUACAGAGGAAGACAUGAUAUGGUGGUCCUGAUGCCCCAAAAAAUGUGGAUUGGGGCUGGUGAAUGGGCUGGGAAGUGCCUCUGUAGAGUCACCCCUGGGUACCUGGGGCUCAGCAGCACCUCGAGACUGGGAGGAAUUCUCUGCAGAGAAGAGAGGCAGUGCAAGGAUAACUGAAUCCAGUUUAAUAUGUCAUGAUGUUGAUGCACUUGCACAAAUAUGAGAAUUUCACUGCACAGAGGUUCUCUGAUCCCCCAAGAACACAAAGACAAGGACAUUUCACUCCUUCUUUUUGUGCUUACCUAACAGUAAUGCUUAAAAUUAUUCCUUAAGAAAUGCUUAAAACUAACAGUUCAGCAAGUUAUUCUGUUUGAGUUUGUGAAGCAAGUAAUGACCUCAACACAAACCAGGACCUAACUCAUCACCAGUCAGGUCUUAACAAGUUAGGAGAAAAAAAUCACUUACUUGAUGUGUGCAACUGAAUUUUUCUCUCUUAAAAGUUGCUGUAUGCAAUAUUGCUGGAAUAUGGGGCUGGUGAAACCAAAGGAUGGGCACUAAAACAGUAUGUCUGACCUUUGAGUGGUAUGCCUUUUUUUCAAAGAUUAACCAAAUCUUCAGAAUUCAAAGCAAAACAAUUUCAAACCAAGGAAAUUCAGUUUUCAAGCAAAUGUGUUCUGCAUAGUUUAAAAAUCAUGUAAACGUUAUUAAUUUCCUAUUUACAGCACAUAAUUCUGUACUCUUUUGUUUAUCAUCUUUUAAACAUGUAAUUACUGUAUAUUGCAAUGCACAUUAAUAUCAUUUAUUGUACAUAGUUUAUUUUAACAAAAUAAAUGUAUUACAAAGUAUUUU